CUACCGAACACAUUUCGAACAAGAACGCGUUCUCCCGUUGCCGUGGCAGCAGCGACUUCAGGAAGAACGUUCGGGCGAUACAUGAUGGAUGCUCGAGAGAUAGAUCUGCUGGGUGUCAACGAGAACAUAGUUGAAAUGCAGAAUUUGGAAGAAGAGGACUUUGCUGUUUCAAAAUCAUCGGAUGCUGAUGCAGAAUUUGACAUGAUUAUUGGGAACAUCGAGGAUAUUAUAAUGGAGGAUGAAUUCCAACAUCUUCAGCAGUCUUUCAUGGAGAAAUAUUACCUUGAGUUUGAUGACUCCGAGGAGAACAAGCUCAGCUAUACACCUAUUUUUAAUGAAUAUAUUGAAAUCCUAGAAAAACAUCUGGAACAGCAGUUGGUGGAGCGAAUUCCUGGAUUCAAUAUGGAUGUCUUCACCCAUUCACUUAAACGGCACAAAGAUGAAGUCUCAGGUGACAUACUAGACAUGCUACUCACUUUCACUGACUUUAUGGCCUUUAAAGAGAUGUUCAUUGAUUACAGAGCAUUCAGAGGAAAGCUGUUCUGCCCAGUUCAAAUGAAAAGGAGGGUAGAGGAUUGGACCUUAGUACCGGACUGGUGGUGAAGUCUUUAAAUUCUGCUUCUGCUUCACCUCUGACCUCCAGCAUGGCCUCACAAUCGAACUGAACCAAUGGGCAUUUCAUGCAAAUGAUCAGUCAACACAUGAUUAUUCCCAUGUAUAUUUAGAUGAAUAUUUAUUGAAAAUUCCUUUCCGACUCAUCCCAAAACAAACAGACACGGUUAUACUAACUUGACAGAAGGGAAUCAGUGUUUAAUUUAGGUUAAUGUUUAAACGUAACAUUCAGGUUAACUGUCAGCUUAGCCGGUAUGACUCCUCUUUAGCAGUAUUCAUAUGAUCUGUCACAAAAUCCAGACUCAGUGUGGAUCAGUCUUUCAUAUCUUGUUGGCCUACAGCGCAGCAAAACACUAUUGCUGUUUCUGACCAAACUGAUGUAGAGAAGUGUAAUGAGCAUGUGAGUAUCUCAAAGCUGCCACUUUAUUGCACUUUUUCAUAUAUAUAGAACCCCUUCAUUUUAAUGGUUAAAUCCUUAUACAACAUGAUGUACCAAAAUAAUUCCUUUCACUUGACAAUCAUAAAGGGCUUUUCAUUACAAAAGUAUUAUACAAUGUGCAUGAUAUGACCACAGUUCUAAAAGACCCGUUUUUCAUUUACAAGACGUGCAGUUUCCCCAGGUGAAAUAUUACAGAAUUAAAAAAAAUAAAAAAAGGUGUUUAUACAGUUACCAGAAACAAUGCAAAUAAUCUCAUUCAGUUUUUCAUGCUUUUUAAUGUGAUGUUGAGUCCAUGUUUUGGAUGGCUCUCAUAUCUUCAGUGAUGAGAAGGAAAGACUCAAAAGAGCUUUUCAAAACUAACAAUACUUAGUUUUGUUGAUGUAUACAUUACAAAUUUCAGGCUUUUGACUUCCUUCUUAGAAGAAUGUGUUGUUCUUACUAGAUGAAUGUUGCGUAAUUGUGUAUAUUUGUUUAUUAUUUGUAUAUAUAGACCCAUAUGAGCUUGUGUGUGAAAGAAAUAAAUACA